UCUUGACAAGCUUACGAUGUUAUUUACACAUCAAAUCCGGAUCAAAUCGGAGCGCCUUGUCAUUCGCAUUUAGUAAUUGAUAAAUGACUUCCAGGAUUUACCCGUGUUUAAAAGAUUUUACAAAUUAAGUGGUAAACACAAGACAUUUCUGAUAUAAAAAAAGUUUUAACCAGGUGUUAAAUCUAACUGUUUUUCUCAAAAUGUAUGAUUGACAUAAUUUCAUCCAUUCAUUGUUACGACUUUGUAAGAUAUAAAAGUGGGAUCGAUGCAUAGGUGUGUCGCGACAGGGAUUUGAUGAAAAUCUGCGGAUCCUUUUCAAUACAAGAGACAAUGAAGAACCUGUGGACGUGGGGAGCAUUGUUGAUAGUGGUGCUGUGCCUACACAAAGGAGCUGCGUUCACGCAACAACGAUUUGAUGGUUACUAUAACAAUCUGAUCACGCCAAGCUUGGGAAGCGCAGGAAAGCCUCUGAAGCAGAACAUUACCACGGCAUACUUUGACUACACGUACAAGCUAUCUGGCAGAAACCGGCCCAGCCCUCGGCUUAUCAGCGAGACGCUUUUCAAGAAGGAUGCAAACAACACGUACACGCCUAAUGAAAGGAACCUGACCGCCCUCUUCGCCUUCUUCGGUCAGUUGGUAUUCUUGGAGCUCCUCGACACAGACGACAUUACAUGCCCCGUGGAGCUCCUCUCCAUACCCGUACCAAAGUGCGACCCCGAGUUCGACCCACAGUGCGCGGGAAACAAGGCCCUGCCCUACGAGAGGGUCGCCUACGACAAGCAGACUGGACAGUCACCAAAUGUGCCCAGAAAGCAGGUGAACAAGGCUACAAGCUACAUCGACGGCAGUUUUGUGUAUGGAAACAACCUGGUUCGAGCCCUGAACCUCCAGGCGGACCGAUCCCCUAAGCUGGCCGCGGGGGACGCGUGGUCCAAGUACCCGCAGAAGAAUGCAGAGGGACUUCCGUUUGUUGCGGUUCCUGACCCCGUGGAGCACCGGUUCCAUGACCAGCUGGAAUACUGGAAACUCGGCGACAAGCAUGCGCAAGAGAAUCCUGGCAUCCUGUCGCUCGGCGUCCUCUUCUUCCGGUACCACAAUAAAGUCGUGGACCGCCUCGACUCUCGCCAUCAUCACGACUUCGACGAGACUUUCGCACGCGCUCGAGAAUGGGUCAUCGCAACCUUGCAGAAUGUUAUCGUUUAUGAGUGGCUUCCCCUACUUCUUGGCGAAAGUUUACCGGAAUAUACAGGCUAUAAAUCCGACAUAUAUCCUGACGUCACUGCCGUUUUUGACGCUUCAGCCAUACGUUACAUAAUGACGUUAAUACCCGCCGGACUACAUCAAAGAAACAUAAAAUGUGCCAAUGCCUCAUCCGGUGCGUUCCCUGCGCUUCGAUUAUGCAACUUGUAUUGGAAGUCGCAGGAGGUAUUAAUGGAGAGAGAGGAUGAGGUGGAGGAGACUUUGAUGGGAAUGGUUUCCCAGAUUGCGGAGGCCGAAGACACGAAGGUGGUCGAGGAUCUGCAAAGUAAGUUCUAUGGACCCCUACAUUUCUCCCGCCACGACUAUGUGGCCCAGACUAUCAUGCGAGGUCGGGACUACGGGCUGCCAGACUACAACUCAGUGAGGCAAUACAUGGGGCUACCGAGGGUCAAAAGCUUCCCGGAAAUCAACCCGUGGCUGAACGCAUCAAACCCUGAGGCGUUGCGGAGACUCGAGAGCUUGUAUGGCGGUUUGGAUGACAUCGAUGUGUUCGUCGGCGGCAUGAUGGAGACGACCCCUAGAGGCGGGCCCGGGCCCCUGCUCCGCGCCAUAUUGAGGGACCAAUUUAUUCGAAUCCGUGACGGGGAUCGGUUCUGGUUCGAGAACAGAGAGAAUGGGAUGUUUAACGAGGCGGAGAUAGCUCAGAUUAAGCGUAUACGUAUGCAUGACGUCAUCCAUAACUCCACGCGCUUCGACUUCAUUGGUAUUCAAGACAACGUGUUCCAGUACAGCAACGAUCACAAGUGCCCGAGCAUCUACGUGCACGAAAGGGUCCUAGAGCCGUGCACGCCCCACAGGGGCUACGACUACUUCGCUGGAAGUGAGGCCUCCUACAUCAUCGUGUGGGUUUCAUUCGGACUGAUUCCAUUCCUUUGUCUUCUCUUUGUGUACAUCCUGUCCAAGUGCAAGCAGUGGCGGCACAUGCGCAGUGUGAGCGACCUCCAGCGGGAGAUUAAGGAAACCAUCGGCGAGCGGCAGGGAGGGAGUUGCGUGUGUCAGCACCGGGGCACAGAGUGGCAGAGCGCCAAGGAGACCCGCCUUGUCGUCAUCCGGCUCAAACCGGACUGCUCUCUGGAACUGAUCAACCUCAAGGGGAGGCCGAUCCGCACGAUCAACAUGUUGAACAUCAAGCACGUGCAAUGCUUCGUCAGCUCCAACAAGAGGCGCAACGUCGUCUUGGUGCGCGUCCCUAAGGAGUAUGACCUAGUGCUGCAACUCACGAACGAGUCACAGAGGCGCGUGCUGCUGACGUCGCUGGAACAGACCCUCGUAGAGAACGCUGGUUCCCUUGUUUGUCACGAGAUGAAGGAGAAGCACCUCUACCAAAAAGCCUUUACUCAGCAGAAGCGGAACCAACUGCUGGAGAGGUUUUUCAAGACUGUCUUCUCGGAGGCGUUCCAGAUGGAUUAUGACCCGACCCUGGACCAGGAGGCGGUAGAGAUUCGACAGGCCCGGGACAUACUCGAGAUAGAACUCACAAAGGUACAUCAAAUGAUACACUUACAGGUGUGGUUUUGA